AUGGCUUCUCCUCUUCAGUCUAAUCCGGGAGUGGGCCACUUGUUCCAAGGCAAUGGCCCACCCCACUGCCAACCACUAACUAGCGACCCUAAUAGCCAACACCCACACCCAGGUCAGCAAGGAACACAAUCAGGAUCGCACCCCACAGCACCAUCUAAAACCCAAGAACAACGGGCCCUAGAGGUUGCCGCCAGGUAUCUCAAGCGCACCAAGAUAAUCCCCAAAGAUAUUGGCUAUGACUGGAUGCCCUUUCUGACUGCGCUACAUGAGCGUAACCUUGACAUCGAACGCCACGACGAUGAUGACGACUUGUUUGAUCCAUCUCCGGAGCCUGCUCCUGUGACGCAUGUAAUGGCGCCUAAGAAGGACUGGAAACGACCACCAAAGAGAGACCCCAGCAACGACCCCAAAUACAUAUGGUAUGUCCCUGAGUGGUCUGCGCCCGACUAUAGCCCGGAGUUGAAACCGACGUACUGCGGCAAACCUACGCGGCGGUAUUCCCGGGAUGUGCUGCAGUCACUGCGACCAGCACUGAGACCAGUGGACGCAUUGCGUAAACCAACUGAUUAUGCUCUGCGGUUUGGAAUCAACCCUGAUCGUACCGACGGCAGAAGUCGGUUGAGUCCGAGCUGGUCCGGGUCGAGGAAUCCCCUUGUGCUACAAGACCUGGAGACACAAUUGGCCUGGGUUGAUGACGACACUAGAAAUAUCCUCAGGCAGCGUACACAUGAGGCGGCCGUCAAGGGCACAAUACCAAUGCCGGUCGGUGGAACGAUUCACCCAAUGGUAUUCGAAGACUGGAAGAAGAGUAUGAACUUUCCAACCGUGGAGCAAAUCCGUAACCAGGCCGUGAACCGUGGCAUUUCGUUUGAGCGGCUGGUCAACGAAUUGCCCGACAAUGUCAAAACGGCGUAUAAGAGUCUGAUUGAGACUAUAGAGGAAGACGAGGACUACCAGCGCUUCGUGUUCCGCGACAUGACGACCGACGAGCUCAUCAGGUCCGACAGCCACACCAUGUCUAACAUACUCAACUGCAACCUGACAGGCAACAUACACCCGCUCGUCGAUCGGUCCAUGUGGGAGGACACGUUGUGGCGAGGGUUCACGCCCCAAAAUCCCCGCUACUACUACCAGAUUGGUGACCAGCGAAAGGAGUAUGCCCCGUGGUAUAACGACGAGUUGUGGGCCGCCAUGCAGCCGGCGCUAUUGAUGGUGUCGGAGGUGCUCUACGCAAACCCGCCCUUUUGGGAGUCGCUUAAGGAUCUACGCACCCGGAAAGUGGUGGACCCAAAGCUAGACCAGCGGCCCCUCGGAGUACCCAUCCCCUAUCUCACCAAGAUCGUGCCCCCGGAAGAAAAAGACGAGCUGGAUCCCAGCGAGACGUGGGAUAGCAUCAAGAAGCUGGACGAAUUGGGAUUCGACUUUGAGGGUAGCGUGAUGAGGGCGCUACAGAACCAUAUGGAAUUGAGUAUUACCAGUGGGCUAAUUGAAGAGGAUGUUGGACGACCUACAACAGGCUACGCCUACGGUCGCACCAACCUCAACCUUGCCGGAAAGGACUCUAAGAUAUUCGUGACUGUGGCGGCCGAAAUGGUGUGGCCGCUCAUGCACCCUGCCUUUAGUACGAGCGAGAAACUGGCGGCGUCGUUCUUGUUGGCCAUCAGCCUGCUGCACGAGAUCAUGCAUGCCACGAACCGAGCAUGGGAUCUCUUGAUGAGCAACGAACCGGGCACGCUGGGUAUCCACCCCUCUACACAACCCUCAAUCGUGACAACACAAUUGCACAAUAUCGCCAUGAUUACGACAGACUUCGACGUCAACGGCGGCGAGGCCUUCUGGGACAACGAUAUUUUUGCCGAACUAGGCCAUGCUUUUGAGAACCAGCUUUUUGGGCGGGGGUUUAGUGGUAUUGCCGAAGGCCUAAGCUCCCGAAUCUCCCAGGACAUCACGACUCUGCCUUUGGUGGUGGCCGGGGAACGAUUGCCGCACGCUCCCCGUAGUGAAGGCACCAAGUACAACCCUGACUACCUUAAGGGCGUAUGGCCGGCCGAGGAAUACUGGGAGAUGAUGCCCAUUAGUUAUUAUGCCAGGUUCUUCCAACAAUCUUUCUGGGAUGAGGAGUUCGCCAAAUGGGGUUUCGGUAUUUUCAAGGCGCGAGUGCCGGAUCGAACAUAUUUCAGUCUCAUGGUGCCCAAGCAUCUAAGUGAGGCGGGGAUGAAAGACGCCAUCGGGGCGGAUGACUUCAAAUUUUGCAGCGCUGUCAUUGUCUGUCUGGAUGAUUGGGGCUUCGUGAUACUGUCCGAGUUCUGUCGUUACACGCUACGGGACAUUCGAAGCUAUGGCAUUCUGCGAACGCGGUGGCUGAAGGAGAUGCUGACGUGGGAGACGCAGGACAAGAAGUUUGAGAAAACGUUCGGCGACUUCAUGGAGCAGGUGGACGAGGCGAGAGACAAGGACAGGUUUGUCACCAGCUCAAAUCCCGCGGCUGAGUUUGAGGAAUGGAAAGCCAACACGGACGAUGACCCGCCAUUUCCGACUCUGGUCGAGUUUCUGCAUAAAAGCCGGCGAGAAUGGGCAGACGCACAUAAGGAAGGCGGACAGCUCUCACGGUUCGUCAUGGAGUUGUAUUGGAUACAACAGGACGAGGUGCGCAUCAUGGAGCGCAUGGUGUUUGAGCUGCUCAACGUGCCCUUGAGAUACCGUGGACUGGUCAAGCCCGACAAUGGGCCCGACUGUUUCACCGAGUUGCAGUACAGACUGGGCCGCCACAUCGAAUGUGCUGCCUACGUCAUCCAUGUGACGCAGAGCUUCGCACAGCGUCCCGACCUUGCAACUGACCAGCUCAUGUGGCUGAACUGGCAACUGCGCUUCAAGCAUAACCUGUCGAUGUUUGAAAACCUGCAGAGAUUGAUCCGGGAUGAACGCCAGAUAGAUGACAACGAGGCCAAGAAGCAGCGCGAGGGACUGCAGACAGUGCCCAGUGCGCUGCACAAGCCGCGGCUUCUGCGGUUGCGCAAGAUGGCCAACAAGGAGUAUAUGCUGCUUGACGCACGCAUACGUACCGUCGUAGACGAAUUUUAUGAGCGCAUACAGCAGCUUAGCAAGGACGGCUGGCUGCAGGGUAUCGCUGAAGAGCCCGAAGUUCGCCAGAAGCUCGAGGCCCUUCAGACGAACACGCGUCUACCCAAGAAGAAGAUUCCCGAGUAUGGGGGCAUGUUCGAUCUUACAGCACUUAACAGGAAGACACGCCCCAUUCUGAUCGACUCGAUCCAGCGAGGCGGCAGUGCAGCCGCCGCCCCUACCGUGCGCUCUACUCCUAGCAGGUUCAAAACACCCCUGAGAGGACUCCCUGGAAAUUUCGGCCAGCCAUGGAAUCCGGGUAAACUGCUCGGCUCCAAACCCCCAGUACGCAUGUCGCCAAAAUUUGGCGGCUCUCGCCUCUCCAAAGCCCCGACCAAAGAUUCCCCUAUCAAAGCCAGCACUGGCAUGGGUCUCUCAUACUUGCAGUCGUCGUCGUCGUCGUCGUCUUCGUCCAGCCGUCGCCAGUCCGCCUUCACCCGCUUCGCCAGCCGUGGAGGCUUCAAUGCCAUCGGCAACGUGCCCGACAAGUUCAGGGGGGUCUUUGAGCGUAAGCAUCAGGUCUACGAGGACAAGUCCUUAUCCCGCUUCACCGGCUCAGGUGGCUUGCCACCCACCCACAUGCCCUUCCUCUCAAGCGACACUCCCAACCGCUCCGGCUUCGAAAACAUCCACGUCAUGCCCAAGACACCUCCAUCGCAAACCAUAGGACUGAUGCGCAGCGUCCCGGCUACGCCCCCAGGUGUAAGCAUUGAGUGGAUGCCGCAGUACAUCCCCGGCAUGCCGCCCCCAGCCCUAUCCAUGGCACCUGGCCAGUACAAACGCUCGCCCGUGAGGCUGAUACAGCCACAGGUUGCGGGCAUGCCGCCCGUGAGGGCAUUUCCACACCCCUAUGCUGACAGACGAAUUAACACGGAUGACUUGCUCAGCGUUGUUGUGCAGUCACCGCCGCAGAUUCAGGACGUCAUUUGGAGUGUUGUCGAGGGAUUCGCAGGCCAGGAAUACAGGGAGAGGAUUGGUAUUGACGAUGGGGAUGUGGGCAUGGGUGGGGCGUAG